AUGCCGUCCGCUGCUGCUGCACUGCCCGCUUACCCACCCACCGCGCACACGCACGGAUACUCUGAUUUGACUACGAAGCAGCCGACGCAGUCUGUCGCUAUGUCUGCGCGUGGACCGCCACCGCCUAAGCAGAAGAACGAGCAGAGCGCGGAGAGGUUGAGGGGCGGUUGUGUACCGUGUCCGGACGGUUCCAUUUGCUGGAUUAUCCCCAUUCCAUGCUGCUGCUGCUAG